UAUAAUAUAUUCUUUUCUCGAGUUUAAUCAUCCGGUAUUCAGAAUUAAUUGGUUUGACGACUAAUCCAUAUUUGCACUGAAUAAGUGAAUUAACAGGGGUAAUCAAAGCGCUCCCUCCGAAAAGUUCUUCCUCUCAAGCAACUCAAACAUGCGACAACCUUUGGUUAAGAUUGAAGGAACUCAAAUCAUCUCACCACAUUUUUUGGGGUAUGUAAUUUAUCCCAAAGCUAUUAAUAUUGUUUGGGGAAACGACAAGCGCUUUUGGAAGUUACCCAAAUACGAAAAGGAGGACGCAGAACUUAUUCAAGUAGAUUGGCUAGAGGUAACUGGUUGGAUUGACAAUGUAUUAGAGAAGAAAACAUACGACGUCGGUCGGUGUCAUUGAUGCCUGAUGCGUUCGGUUGGAGUGAUUCACCAGUCUAUAUUAUGGCUAAAUGGGGAGACAACACUCAAUGGAGAAAAGUGAAUUUGACAACUGAUAUUGACAUUAAUGGCAAAAAGAUGAUACCAAAAACUCUUACUAUAUAACAAAAGGAAAUGGGAAUACUGAUGAUAAGCUGUAUUUUGGUUUGUAUGAAGUUUGGAGUAAAAGGUGGGAAGGAGGUUUGAAAAUUCAUUGUGUAAACUUGACAGAGAGAAGCUAAGCCGAUGAAGUGUGGGGGAGCCAGAGCGUGGGGAUGCGGGUUCGGCAGAAUGCACAACCUUUUAUUCAAAUUAUGUCUUUAUCUUAAAAAAUUCGUUGAAUAUUAUAUAAAAUAUUAUUUUAAAAUUCAAUAACUUAAAAGGAUAAUAAUCCCAAACCCAUAAGAUUCAAAUCUUGGCUCCACCUCUGAGAGCGAGGGGAUAUAAUCUCAAG